AUGGAGUUGACGACGCUGCUGAUGGCGCUGGGGGUGGUCCUCCAGUGGACCAGGUUCCAGGUGGCCUUUGCCCUCACCCUCAUGCCGCUGCGGCCUAACGUCUCCUGCUUCUACACCAUCGAGAUGGACGAAGACGUCACCGCCUUCCUCUCCUUCGGCUACCCGCUCACCUUGGGCUUCUCCUUCGCCAUCGGCCAAUACGUCACCCUCCAACUGACGCUACCUCCUCAGGUCAGUUUUUCCAUCAACUGCCUCCAGCCUCUGUUCCCGCCAUCCUUCUACUUCCUGGCGCUGCCAACGUUGAGUCUCAGGCUGCCACCACCCGCCUUCCCCUCCGAGUUCGCCCCUCCGGAGUGGUUCACAUUUGAUAAAGAGUGA